AUGAGUAUUUUACGCUCAGCUAUUGUUACUGCUGUAAUAGGCUUGGUUUGUGUCUUCUCCAUACAAGUUACAGCUAUUCCUGUAAAACCUUCAAAACAGUGCUGUCCUGAAGGUGAAGUGUACAAAUCAUGUGGAACAGCAUGUCCACUUACGUGUGACGAUGUUCUCAAUACAAAUUCAACAAAAUUGUGCACACUUCAAUGUGUAUCAGGUUGUUUCUGUCAAGAAGGUUAUGUACGAGAUAAGCAAAACAAAGGUACUUGUGUCCGACGUGAACAAUGCAAUGCCACGACUCCAGCAACAGAUAAAUGUUCUCUGGAUACUGAAGAGUUUAGAGACUGUGGUACAGCAUGUCCGGAAACUUGUGCAGACUUGAACAAUUCUGACUCUAAGCCAUGUUCGAAGCAAUGCGUGCAGGGUUGUUUUUGCAAAGAAGGUUAUGUCCAAGAUAAAGAGAAUGGUACUUGUAUAAAACGUGAACAGUGCAAUACCACGACUCCACCUACAAAACAAUGUUCUAAACACGAAGUGUAUACAACUUGUGGUUCCGCAUGUCCACUCACAUGUGAAGAUGUUAUUAACAACACGAAUAAACCAUGCACACUCCAAUGUGUGCAAGGCUGUUUCUGCGAAGAAGGGUAUGUACGAGAUACGAACAAACGUGGUGCUUGUAUCAAACGUGACAAGUGCAAAUCAAAUGAUUCAACCACGAGUAGUACAAGUCUGGUAGAUAAUUAG